AUGAAUAUGUAUAAAUCAGUUAUCCAAAGGAAUCCAUGCUUCACUUGGAAACCUCUUCUCUUCUUUCUAUCUCAAUCGAAUUUUUUCUCUUCUCACAAACUAAAACUGAAUCCUACAAGCAAGAAAUUAAACAGAGCAUUGAGAAUCAGAGACAUUAUAUCCUCGAAACCAGUCCCUUCCACUUCCCGCCAAAACCAUCUUCGUCUCAUCCAAGAUUUUUUAGAAACAGACUCAGAUCAGUUUACUGCCCAAAAUUGUUUUGUCGAAUUGGGUUAUUCAGAUUUACCGACAGAAAAUCUCCCAAUUUUCUUCAAUGAAAUUCUAGAUGCUCCUGUUACAAACAAAGAGGAUUCAACAUUUAAUCCAGUUGUGCUGUCAAAUGGUAUAAGCUUAUGUGGGACAAAACAUAACCUUCGCGGUGGGAUUCAGUAUCAUGGCUUAGCAAUGAAAACUGGGUUUUUCAGAAACGUUUAUGUGGGAACUUCUUUGGUUACUUUGUAUGGAAAAUCCGGGGAGUUGGAGAGUGCUUAUAAGGUGUUCGAAGAAAUGCCUGUAAAGAAUGUAGUUUCAUGGACUACUAUCAUUGCUGGGUUCGCACAAGGAUGGCAAAUUGAUAUGUGCUUGGAGCUAUAUAAUAUGAUGAAGAAAUCGACUUUAAAACCAAAUGAUUUCACAUUGACAAGUCUUUUGAGAGCUUGUACGGGUAGUGGAGCUUUGCGGCAAGGGAGAAGUGCCCAUGGUCAAGUCAUUCAAAUGGGUUUCCAUUCGUAUAUUUAUAUUUGCAACGCUCUUAUUUCCAUGUAUUGUAAAUGUGGAAGCAUUGAAGAUGCAAUAUUUAUAUUCGAGAGGUUGGCUGGUAAUAAAGAUAUAGUGUCUUGGAACUCAAUGAUCGCAGGGUAUGCUCAACAUGGCCUUGCAAUGGAGGCUGUUGAUCUUUAUGAAAAGAUGAAAGAGGAGAAAAUAAAACCUGAUGCCAUCACUUUCCUUGGAGUCCUCUCUUCAUGCCGCCACUCUGGUCUUGUCAAACAAGGUUGUGCUUGUUUUGGCUCGAUGAUCGUACACAGUGUCGAGCCUGCACUGGAUCAUUAUUCAUGCGUUGUUGAUCUCCUCAGUCGAGCUGGAUUAGUAGAAGAGGCUCUAGAUUUUAUUCUAAAGAUGCCUAUUCGUCCCAAUGCUGUUAUAUGGAGUUGUUUGCUUUCUUCUUGCAGGCUUCAUGGGAACAUUUGGAUAGGGAUAAAGGCUGCCGAGAGCAGGUUACUUUUAGAACCCGGUUGUGCGGCGACUCAUGUUCAAUUGGCGAGUUUAUAUGCUAGUGCGAAGCAAUGGGAUCAGGUAUCUAGAGUACGUAAAGUGAUGAAAGAUAAAGGGCUGAAAACCAAUCCUGGGUAUAGCUGGAUUGAAGUUAAGAAUGAACUAUUUAGGUUUAUAGCAGAAGAUAAGUCGAAUAUCGAGUUGAGUGCAAUUCUUGAUGUUUUGAGUUGCUUGGUAGACCAUAUGAGACUAUUAGGCUAUGUGCCAGAAAUGUACGAGGAAGAGGUCGAUGAUGCUUUCUUUUGAACGAUUCA